AUGUUUGAAUUUGAACGGGUUUAUGGUCCUGAUGACUCCCAAGAGUCUAUUUUUGAGGAAGUUCGCCCUUUACUUACCUCCUUACUGGACGGGUACAAUGUAUGCAUCAUGGCUUAUGGUCAGUCGGGCAGUGGUAAGACAUAUACUAUGCUAGGGCCACAUUCUGAAGAAAACUUUACAUUUUCCACUGAGCCAAAGAUAGAUGAAGGAAUUAUCCCAAAAGUUGCAAGAGAAUUGUACAGUCUGAUGUCAGAGAGGCCAUCUGAAACCUACUCUGUUGAAGUGUCUGUUGUGGAGGUGUACAACAAUGAUAUCAUCGAUCUACUGGGAAAACGCAGUGGCGGGAACUUGCAUGUAAAACGAGAAGCUGUGACUACUCCUGCUGCCAGUAAUGAGAUCCCUUUGUUAGCUUCCAUGUAUCAGCGCUUCAAGUAUUACAGACAUGUUGAGAAUCCUACAAGUAUUCUGAAUGUUAUCUCCCAUGGUUUACAACAUAGAACCAAACAUCCAACAUUAAUCCAUGCACAUUCCUCUCGGUCCCAUCUUGUGAUAACAAUUGCUAUCACCACUAAAGCCAUUGCUGACAAUAGAGCAGAUCACAGUUCAGAACUGUCUUUCCAAUCUAUUGCUGCUAAGCAUUCAACCACAGAGGCUUCUGUGUUUUCAAAGCAUCUUAAAAGCAAGCUGCAGUUGGUGGAUCUUGCUGGCAGUGAAUGCGUUGGUAUGUCAGGAGUAACAGGUUCAGCUCUGAGAGAAACUUCAUUUAUAAAUCGCAGCUUAUCAGCAUUGGCUGAUGUGUUUGGAGCACUAGCAGAGCAACGAUCGCAUAUACCUUACCGAAACAGCAAGUUGACUCACCUGCUUCAGGACUCCUUGGGGGGUGGUGCAAAAUUGUUGGUGAUGGUAUGUGUCUCACCUGGACAAAAAUAUAUUACAGAAUCUUUGCAGUCUUUAGGAUUUGGUUACCGAGCUCGGCAGGUACAGAAGGGUCAUGCAAGGAAGAUUCCAGCACGCCAAGGGAAAAAACAUGCAGAAUCUGGCUGGCAGGCCUGACUACAGCGAAGAAGAUUGUAGUCCAGCGUUGGAAAUCUCCUCAUGAUAUUUCAAGUACUCACUGGCUUUAGAGCUUUUUGGACAUUUCUUACCUGGAAUUAUCAUCAGCAAGAGCAAAUGAUGCACAACCAAACUUAAUGUGGACAAAUUUGAUAUCUAACUUAAAAGAUCUGCUGUUAAGAUAGGAAUGUUCUGUCUGUGUAUGCACUACUAUUCAGUUGGUUGGUGGAGGGGAGAGGAGUGGAGAGGGAACUGGGGAUGAGGGUUGGGGGUGGCUGGGUUAAACAGUCAAAAUGUAAUCGGCAACUGGUUGUAUUGAAUGUAA